GACAGAGGGAGAGAGAGUACAACAGCGCCAUGUAGUGAAGGUUUUCGCAUUUUAUGUGGCUGUAAUUCUGUGAUCAUCCACGGGGUGGCACCGUUCGACAAUAAUAUUAUUUGCCUGGACAUUCGCGAUUGACACCGGAGAAAGCCGAAGCGGACCCCGGAAGCUCCCUCGUUACUGGUCGGUCUGUCAGAGAUGUGCCGCCGCCGCUUUGUAGCCGGAGCUUCUCUGACAUUACUCUGUGUUAUGAAGACGCCCUCAGCUCAAUAAACCCGGAACAUUGAGGUGACGACCUACAUGCCAGUCUGCAUGUGUGAUCCGUUUUCAAUGCUGGUCCAGGAGGUAAACCACACAGCAUGCUAUUGUGAAGAGGAAACUUAUUAGACAGGAUGCAGUCUUCAAACCACCGACUGCGAGACAUGGAGCAGCACCACCCACUGCUGUCGGCAGGUGCAGAUGUGGAGACGGGCAGCCUGGCAGCCGGAGUGAUGGUUGGGAGUUCUCACGCGGACCACACCGCGGGGAACCGUACCCUGUGGUUCAUUCAGGACAGCUGCGGCAUGGUGUGUGCCGCCAUAACCUGGUUCCUGGUGCUAUACGCCGAAUUUGUGGUGAACUUUGUCAUGCUGCUGCCCGCCAAGAACUUCUGGUACUCACUCCUCAACGGGGCCACCUUCAACUCACUGGCUGUGCUUGCACUGGCGUCACAUCUCCGCGCCAUGUUGACUGACCCGGGGGCAGUUCCUAAGGGCAACGCCACCAAGGAGUACAUGGAGAGCUUGCAGCUGAAGCCUGGUGAGGUUAUCUACAAGUGCCCAAAGUGCUGCAGCAUCAAGCCUGAGAGGGCGCAUCACUGCAGUAUUUGUAAAAGAUGUAUCCGGAAGAUGGAUCACCACUGUCCCUGGGUCAAUAACUGUGUGGGAGAAAAGAAUCAGAGAUUUUUUGUUCUUUUCACUAUGUACAUAUCCUUGAUUUCUGCCCAUGCCCUGGGCCUCAGUGGAAUGCACUUCUUCAGCUGUAUUAAAGUCCAGUGGAACGAGUGCAGUGAGUUCUCUCCAGGGGCAUCGGUGCUGCUCCUCAUCUUCCUCUGUCUCGAAGCCAUCCUCUUCCUCACUUUCACAGCUGUAAUGUUUGGUACACAGAUCCACUCCAUCUGCAACGACGAGACGGAGAUUGAACGUCUUAAAAACGAGAAGCCCACGUGGGAGCGCAACGUGAGAUGGGAAGGAAUGAAAUCUGUGUUCGGGGGUCCACCAUCUUUGCUAUGGUGCAAUCCUUUCACGGGUCUGCGUCUGCGGCGCGUGUUGCUGUUGACCCACGGCCGCCGCAGCGGGUCUGAGUUUUCAGUCUGAUCCAGCUCAUCGACACUUGAUCCUCCAUACACCUAGAUUUCUUGUACGCCCUCUCCUGAUCUCGGGCUUAGAUGGACCCCUGCUCCCUGAACCUGUCUCUCAUGUGUGGGUGUCAGGCAGACUGGCUGCACCAGUGGGACCCCAGUGAAUCAAUCAACCACCACUGAGAUUUGGAAUCCUCUCUUUUACACGCUGACGAGUCUGCUGAGCAGCUGGAAUAUUGUUUUUAACAGAAGCAGCCCUUUGGUUUGUUUGUGUCUUUAGGAUAAGCAUGCAGUAAGUAAAAAGUGAGUCUUUAAUUCCUUGUGAGACUAUCCGAGGUGUUGUUUGAACUCAGCGUAUGUACCUUCAUUAAACAACUCCAGCGGUUUGUCUUCGCUGCUACGCACACGAGAUUCAAGAUUAGGGUUUUGAUUUUUUUUUGGAGAUGAGAUCAGCAAUAUAUCCUCCAUCAUCACUGGACCCAGACGAGGGAAUCAAAACGGGAAAAUACUUGAAAGUGUUGUGUCGGACCUAGACAAGGGGAUCGCAGUGAAGGACAUGCAUCACUCGAGUGGAUCUUGAGAAAGCAGCCUGGACACGGAGCACCAUGGACAUCAUGAAUUAUACUGUGCUGCCUUGCUUUGCAUGUAUGACAAUUCAAUCAGUCAGUAUCUCUGCCAGAAAAAGAGGUUUUUCUCUGUCUUCAAAUGAAUGAACAGGCUACUGUGAACACAAGCCUUAUUCUUAUUCAAGAGGACUGAGUGGCUUUACCUGUCUCUUCAUCUCCUCCAUCAGUUUUCCUGCCUCUGCCUGACAUUUUUUUUUAAACGUAAAACAAGCCAGUAUAAAUGAAUUCUCCUUUUAUUUUAUUUUUUUUAACCUGCUAAAGCUUCUGUAAGCUUCAUCACAGUGACAACACCUCGACAGUUGACCUUAAUGACUCACUACGGAGGACUACAGUAAUUUUGAAUAUUCAUGUUGGGGGGGGGGGAAUAUCACAGUUUUGUAUAAGUCAUAUACAUGCGGUAAAUUUUCCAUUCCACUGCUCUUACAUGCUGCUUCACGUCUCACUGUCUACAAGUGAUGGGUGACCCACAGACCAAUGAUACGCCUCCCUAUGUUUUUUUUUUAUAUAUAUAUAUAUAUAUAUAUAUAUAUAUAUAUAUUACCAAGUGAUUCAGGUUAAACCAUGGAUGCUGGAAAGACCGAAUGUUCUGAAGUUAUAGAUUGGUUUAGUAGGAAUCCACAGGAGAGAAUAGUUUGGGUAAGAGUUCAUAGCAUUUAAAUCGUGGAAAGCAACCCGACAACCCCCACCUCAAUUCAGAGCCAAGUCUCGGACAUGGUUGCUUAGCAUGCUCCUUGGUCACCGAGUGGUUCAACAUUUUGAAAAAGAGAAUUUAAAAUACCCGUCCGACCUCCUCUGGCUUGUUGUGAGCUCAUUCUUAUCCCCAGAGCCCAGCUCCAUUGUGUAGCCUGUAGAAUUAUAAAGGGGCUGCUUUGCAGAAAGAGGCGGAGCUACAGGGCUCAUUAUACAGACUGAACAUAGUCUCUGUGAGCUCAGCAGAGGCUUGUGAGGCCUUUCCUACCUGACUCCAGAAAUGUCGGACCUGUGACAUCAUGCGGCAGGACAGAAGCAGAUACUCUCCCAGUGUCGCUAGGACACUUAAUCCAUGCCUUCAAAAUCAUUCUGUCAAGUUAAUUUAUUAGCUUGAAAGAUUUUUGUUAUUAUUGCCAUAUUUAUGAAAGUGUUUCACACUUUGUGACGACUGUCUCCUGUUUUUUUACUCUACAUAAGUCAUGGGCCUGUUUGCACCGGAUGAAUGUGGCUUUUUUAAGUCAGGAGUUCCAAGAUUUAAAGUCCAGUUCUGACUGACGGGCCGGUAUAGUGUUGUCGAAUCAAGAUUCUUAAAAGUCGUUUUUUUUGAUGGCGUGUUGGAAAAUAUAUUGCUGUUCGUUCUCAUCUGUGGUCGUCAGGAGAAGAAAGUCCUCUGUUUACACUAAAUGAUGAUAUCUGACGUUCUAUGGCCAUGAUGCUUUUAAACAAACGCUGUCAUUCGAAUGACUGAUAUCAGGGGAUUUUAUUCAUGCUGGCCUCUUAUUUCUUGUUUUAUUCUGCUAGGCUGCAUCACGUCAGUUGACUGGAUAUACAUGUUGGAGAAUCACUUUCCUGCUCAAGCAGCGUCAUACUGUGUCAGUAUUCAUCAAGUCCCUUGUGCUAACGUACUCAGUGUACUUGUUAACAGACGUAAAAAUCCUAGGCAUUAGACAGAUUGUAUUGUAUUUUAAGGCUUCUCAGAAAACGACAUCAUGCUGUUAAGCUCUGUAGAUGCACCGAUAUCUUGCUGAUAAAUCGACCGCUGUUAAAUGAAUACUAUUUCCGAGUAUUAAGGGUAAAACUACAUCCAGAGCCACUCAGAGGCCGAUAAACUGAUUAACACAAAAUGCCUUUACACUACAAGAAAAUAUCUGAGCCCUGACUUAAUGUAACAGUGGCAGGAGUAACACACAGCUUAACUUUAACUAAUAUCUGAGGUCUCAGAGCUAACGGAUUCAUAUCAUGUGACGAAUGGUGUAAAAUGUUUGACCUGGCUCUGUUGAUGUUAACAUCUACUUGACUAGAGGGUAGUCCUGCUUCAUGACCAAACUCACAUGUUAAAAUCAUCUUGUCUUGAGGUGGGAUACUGUUACAGGGUAUGUAGUUUAACAUUCAGCAAUAGAAUCAAUUAAUGAGGAUUUUAAAGGGUCAUAGUGGUAAAUGUAUUUUGAGCGAUUCUCCACUUUUUUGUUUGACUAAGUAAAACAACGAUCAACAUGGAGAGAGAGCUGUAGGACACGUGAAACUGAGUAAACCAAUAUAACACUACUCUGUCAAAAGGUUUUUCUCAGACUAGUUUGGGAUUUUUGAGCCUAAAUUCUCAGAUAAAGAUCAUUUUGUGAUGUAUAGUAGAGAUUUUUAACAGGCUGGAGGUUCCACCACAGAUUUACCAUCAUUACCAACAUUGCCAUGAGAAGGUGCAAAAUGUUUUAUUUCCUCCAGAACAAAAGUCCUUCAGCUUUAUAAAAAAACUAUAAAAGUUACUAUUAACAAUAUAUAAAUGGAAUGUUUUAUUCAACCUUUUUUAAAUUAAUGUGUCACAAUCUUUAAAUGUCUUCUAUCUUUAAUGUCAUUCUUUUGCAUAAUAAACUUGAUUAAAAUCAGA